UUUAGAUAUUAAAAUGUUAAGUGGUUUAUUAUAUAGUCCAAAUUGGACCUUUGUUGAUAAAAUAUUAAGAGACCCUUAAUUAGUUGAUCUUGAAUACUUUGUUGGAGGUGGUCCAGGACAUGAUUGGCUAGCAAAAGUGGUUAGAGUAGACUAAUAAAAGUAAUCUAAAUCUAAAUUUAUAUUUAUAUAGAUUUCUAGGUCCAAGAGCUAAAUUUGAGAGAUAAUUCAAUGAAGAGCCUAGAACAUGGGAAGUAUUUUCAGAUAAUUUUUAUCGUCUAACUUUACUAGCUGGAGUUGAAAGAUUGCUCACUCUUAGGUAAGCAUAUGGAGGUUUGAAGACAAGAUUUACCUUUGGAGAUUCUAAUACGUAUUCUAUACUUAAAUAUUUAGAGCUUGUCUUUAAUAAAUAUUCAAUUAAGGAUUAUUCAAAGGAUAUUUUAGAGGUGCAUUAUUGAAUGCUUUCUAAUUUUUAACUGUUUGGGCUCAUCCAUUAGUAUAUAGCAGAGGUAAUGGAUAUGCUUCUCAUUAUCUAUACUCAUCACUAUUUGAGCUUAUCACUUAUCCCAUUGAUACAAUAAAGACUAUUAUAUAUUCUGAUAUUUAAGGAAGAUAUAAGGGUGCUUUUGAUGUUAUUGAAUAAGUAAUAAAAAUAAAUUUAAUAUUUAGGUUUAUGCUAGAAAUGGAUUCAGUCAUUUUUAUAGAGGAAUUGUAUUCAAAUUAGCUUUUAAUGGAACUUUAAUCUAUCAUCUUAGAAAUGUCUAUGAAUAAGAUUAUCUGUCUUAAGUAAAAUCUUUUAUUCUAUUAUUAGUUAAUUUCAACACCUUUAUUAGCUAUUGGUUAUGGAUUCCUUACAAUUAAGACAAGAUUAUAAUUAGCAAGUACAGAUUUAAGUUUUUAAUAAACUAAUUAAAAGGGUAGAAUAGCUGCAAAUCUAUUUGCUUAAAAGACACCUUUUAGUAUUUAUAGAGGUGUUAUUCCAUUUUUGUUGUUAACUGAUUUCUUCCACUACAAAUUAUAUGCACUCUAUUCAUCAACUGCAUAAUCAAGAACAUUAGAUGAAUUCCUCAAUCAAUAUAAACAUCAAAUUGGAAGUCCUAAACAUGAAAAUUUAUGGCAAUGAUUAAGCAAAUAAUCAAAAAAAUG